CAGCUGCAGCCCUGGCUGCUAUGAAUGGGCGGAAGAUAAUGGGUAAGGAAGUGAAAGUGAAUUGGGCAACAACCCCUAGCAGUCAAAAGAAAGAUACAAGCAGUAGUACCGUUGUCAGCACACAGCGUUCACAAGGUAAUUGUAUCUUCUUAAACAUAAAAUGAACUCUCUUGAAAGGGUAUUCACUAACCACCUCAAGUUUUUUAAUUUGAUAUUGGUUGGGGGGAGUGGGGUGGAAAUAUAUAGUAUUUUUAUUUGUUUCUGGCAAUAUUUUUUCCUUCUUCCCAUUGUUUACCAAGUGUGGCUUGUCCACGACUUUGUUGCUAGUUCAAGCUCUCUGUCCCCCUUGGUAGCAGCUGAUGCCUUAGAAAUACUUUCACCACCUAAAGGGCAAGAUACCCUACUUCCCUGAGGUCACCUGGGCUUCAUACCCAGAUCUUCCAGUGCUCAAGUUGCUCCUGAAACAGUGUUUCCAGAAGAGCAACCCAGUGUGUUGCUUAAGGCCUGCAAGUAGGGGUAACUUCUCUUUCCAAAUCUACUUUGUCAAAGUUGAUUUAUGUGUCCAUUGUACAGUGUUCCUCAGCAAGUUUGGCUUUUCAAAGCUUCACAAAUGGAAUGGUUAUUUUUCUCCAAUGCUUUUUUAAUGGUGCCGAUAUAAAAUGAAGGGAUUACUGUUUUCCUUCUAUUGCCUUCAGUCUUAGUUCACUUGCACAUGGAUUCACAUAAACUGAAUGGUGUAAUGUCUGGGCAACCAAACUGUUGGCUUUUGAGAAAACUGUCAAAUACUUUAACAUCAAACUGUUGCAAUGCAAGGUAUUUCUUUGAUUGUUCUUCACAAAAUAAUGGCUAAACCAAAUAUUUCAUGUAGCUAGCUUCAGUAAGUUGCCUUAAACAAGGCAAAUAUAGUCUUCAUAACUUUCAGUACCAUUAGUUAAUUGUAAUUUAUAAAGCCUAGAUGUAGUAAUAAAAUGAGUAACAUUAAAUAAUUACUAUUAGGAGGAUAACUAAGUCUUACUUUUUUUUUUGCAGAACUGAAAGUUUUUAUGUUACUAGUUUGUUUCCUAGACCCUUGUAAUUAUUGUAAUGACUGUAAAUACACAGUGACUGCCAGCUUCUGGUAGCUAUCAGACCUUUUAGAAGACUAUUGUGCUGUUAACUUUGAUUUGUUAUGCUUAAGAUUGAUAGGAUUUUAUAGUGAGGAUAGUAUUUUAUUUAUACUUGAUUAUAUAGUCUGUGCAUUAUUUUAAGAAUACUUUAUUGGAUCAGUUGUAGUAUUUAAGUUCUGAAGUUGUAUUUUUCUUUUCACUCCCCCCUUCCUUUGUAAGAUCAUUUCCAUGUGUUUGUUGGUGACCUCAGUCCAGAAAUCACAACCGAAGACAUCAAAGCAGCUUUUGCACCAUUUGGAAGAAUUUCAGUGUCUCUGAAGAAUGGACAGAAUUGCCCUGGCUAACUACAAGCUACGGUUCACAGUGGAUAAAUAGAUGCCCGUGUGGUAAAAGACAUGGCUACCGGGAAGUCUAAGGGAUAUGGCUUUGUCUCCUUUUUCAACAAAUGGGAUGCAGAAAAUGCCAUUCAGCAGAUGGGUGGCCAGUGGCUUGGUGGAAGACAAAUCAGAACUAACUGGGCAACUCGAAAGCCUCCAGCUCCAAAGAGUACAUAUGAGUCAAACACCAAACAACUGUCUUAUGAUGAGGUUGUGAGUCAGUCCAGUCCCAGCAACUGCACUGUGUACUGUGGAGGGGUGACGUCAGGGCUGGCAGAACAACUCAUGCGUCAGACUUUCUCUCCAUUUGGACAAAUAAUGGAAAUUCGAGUCUUCCCAGAUAAAGGAUACUCAUUUGUUCGGUUUAGUUCCCAUGAAAGUGCAGCACACGCGAUUGUUUCUGUAAAUGGUACUACCAUUGAAGGGCAUGUGGUGAAAUGCUAUUGGGGCAAAGAGACUCUUGAUAUGAUAAACCCUGUGCAACAGCAAAAUCAAAUUGGAUAUCCACCAACAUACGGCCAGUGGGGCCAGUGGUAUGGAAAUGCACAACAGAUUGGCCAGUAUGUGCCUAAUGGUUGGCAAGUACCUGCCUAUGGAAUGUAUGGCCAGCCGUGGAGCCAGCAGGGAUUCAAUCAGACCCAGUCUUCUGCACCGUGGAUGGGACCCAAUUACAGUGUGCCGCCACCUCAAGGGCAAAAUGGCAGCAUGCUACCUAGUCAGCCUGCUGGGUAUCGAGUGGCCGGAUAUGAAACCCAGUGAAAACAGACUACAGAAUGGAAGCCAAUGGCUUGAAGCCACAGGGAGGGUAGGAAAGCUGUUGUUUACUUAAAGAUUUAUCAAAUCAGUCAGUACAAAUGCCAGAUACAAUGUAUUUAUUUAAAAGAUUCAUUUUUUUAAUCAUGAAAUUACUUUUCAUCCACAUUGUUUUAAAAAGGAACACGAUGGUGGAUGUCUGCCAAUUUUUGCCUUCAUUAUCUUUUUUGAUAAAGUUUCUCAGAUCCUUGUUUCAAAGACAAAUGCAGGGAUUACUGCCACUUUUUUAAAAAUAAGAGGCAGAAAAUUGCACAAUGUUGAACUUUUUUCCACUGAUAUAGUGUGCAGUUUUAGUUUGCAUUCCUGAUAUGAUUUAAAACAUGUAAUAUAGAUGUAAAAAAAAAAAAGCCAAACUCGUGCAAAGUCUAGAAGUUCUUUAUGACUUUCAGCGUGUGCACAAUUGUCUUAGGUUAAAGAGUAGGCAUUGCGUGAACUAUACCAUCUCCAUAACUAUCCCUUUGGAAUUUUUAAAUGUAAAUUAUUAGUUUAUAUCAUUUUGUAUCCACAUUUUUUUCACAAAUUUGUCCUGCCUUAUGAAAUAUCUGUAAAAUAUUCUUAAAUGAAAAAAAAUGAUGUUCACUUAGAUUGAAAACUUUCUCAGAUGGACUGAUAAUUGCAUUCAUCUUGUUUUUAUAAGAGAAGGUGCCUCAAGGAUUCUCUGUUGGAUUUGUUUAAAAGGACUUUUUAUCUUCUGUGAUAACCUUUGCCAUGUACCAGGAACUAGGAAAACAAGAAACUUGUUACUAAAGAGAACCUGCAAUGUGAUAAGUCCUCAUCCAGAACAGUUUCGUGUGUCAGCGUCUACGUUUACAUGUAUUGUUUUCUAAGAUACUUCAGCAAGGAAUAUUUUGCAGUUAGCAAACUUUGUAUGUCAUUUCCUUCCUACAGGUGUCAUGAAGAGUUGACGUAAGACAGAUUUUACAUUUGCAUGUGAAUAUCACAUACAUACUUUGGUAAUCUUUGAUACAAACUCAUCUGCUCUUGUUUUUCAAGAAUUUUGAGACACAAAGUUGUAUGUAAAGGAAUAUAUUAGUUAGAUGUUUUUUAGUUAGAUUUACUUAAAAAAGUAAAUCCACUUUAAUAUGUACAAAUGAUAGCUGUGAAACUGUAGAAUAUUUCUCUGUCAGGCUUGGGAUUCAUUAAGAACUCCAUAACAAGCCUGAAGGACCAGCCGGGCAAAACAUUUUUUAAAUAUUCAGAGGCCAAAAUAUGAACGAACAAAAAUAAAAAACCCUUAAAUAGUCCUACCUCCUUAACUAGCCUUCAAGGAAAAGCCCCUGAGCACGGGCGUGACUUUGGCCCUGCUCUCUUGAGCCCAGAGUACUCUGGUUGAGGUUUGCUCUUCGCUGGCACUGGUCUAGCCUUGGGCUUUCUAAUGUUUCAGAGUCUCUUGGUUUGGUGUGGUUUCAGUGAUGCCUACACUUUCUCCUGACAGCAGAGAGGAAGGAGCCCUGUGAACUGUGGGUUUGAGGCCUGCGGAGAGCUCCCAGCAUUUUACUUAGGCCUGUGGAAUUGGAAGCAUUUCCUGGCCUGUAUCUUUCAGGUAGGAGCACACAACUCUAACCUGUUUUCUAAGCCAGUCCCCUUGUACAACAGAGCCCAGGAAGACAGUCUCAAAUGUGUGCUUUUCUGGAGCUCAAUUCUAUGCAGUUGUGCUAAUGUUUCAUUAAGUCACUGUGUAUUUUUAAGUACUAAAACAUUGAAACUUGCUUUAUGGAAGAUGAAUAAAUUUUUUAAAUACUUGGAAAUUUUAUUUCUUUGUAAACUUCUACAGAUCAGGACAGGCAAUAAAAGCAGCUUAAAUAAAAUACUAAAAACAAAAAGACAAAAACCCACAUAUCAGGAUGCUGUUUUUAGGUUUUUCUAGAUUUGUCUCAAGUUUAGCAUCCUCAGUAUAUCUCUCUGGUUAAGAAUUUGACUUCCUUUGUAACUUUAGGCUGCAGGAUCUUUUGGGCACAAGUAAUUUAUUUUGCGCAAAAGUGUGGUUUCUCUCUUCUUUUGACUCUUUCGAGUACUGAGGACUUUAUUAGUAGCAUAUUCUUAUUGCACAGAUCUUAAAAUUCAUGUUGAUUUGCUGUUGAGAAGGUGGUGCUGCUGUGUUCCUGAUGAAAGACUGACAUUUUAGGAACAUAGCUGUUGUUAGUUUAAAUGAAUCAUUUAAAUCAUUUCUCAAUCUCAAAAACUUCAUCCUGGUAUAAGUAUCAGGUAAGGAGAUGAAGGUUGUUAAAGUGAACUUCCUUGCAAUAUGCAUUCAGGUUUUACUCUCUGGUACUGUAAAGAACCUGAGUGAAUCUCAGUGGGUCAUGGAGCCAGUAUUCUUUAGCCUGACUGUUUGGAUAUUAAAAUUCCUUUAUGUUUUAUAUGA